UUUACAGUCGAUCUCGUUUUAGUAAUGGCGUACAGCAAUGAUGGAGGUCCUUGGGCUGGUGACAAAGGACGAGAUUCUUUUACUUAUGAUUAUGGCCAUGGGGGUAGAGUAGGGGGAGGUAAUGCAGCAAAGAUGAGGAAUGACCUUCCGCCUAACAGUAGAAUAUUUAUUGUCUGUGGGAAAAAUCAGGAUGAAGACUCGCUUAGAAGCCACUUCGAUAAGUACGGUGCUAUCGAAGAUGUGUAUGUUGUAAAGGACAGGGUAACAAAGCAAAACAAAGGAGUUGCUUAUAUCAAGUACUCAAAGGCAUCAGAGGCUUGCCUGGCAUUAGAAGGCCUAGAUGGAAGAUCAAUUGGCAAUGAUCCAAGGCCAUUAAAGGUUAUGAUUGCUAACUCGCGCUAUUCCACCACCCAUCGUGACAUUGACGAACAAGAAGAACUUAUGAGGCUCUUCAUCAUUGUUCCAAAAACCUACACUGAGGAACAAGUGGAGAAGAACUUUGAAAGUUAUGGUGACAUAGACCGUGUUACAUUAGUAAAAGACCGACAUACUGGUGAUCCUAAAGGCUUCGCGUAUGUCAAGUUUAGAAAGGCAUCAGCGGCGGCCAUAGCCAUGGAAAACUGUGAAAAAAGUUUCAAGGCAAUAUAUGCCCAACCCAAACACUCCAAGGCAGCACCGUCCUCUGCAGGCAGGGAUAGCUACUCAAUGAGUUCAUUUUUUGAUGGUGGACGAAGAGAUCACUAUUCAACUAGCAUGGGGUCUUCAAGUGAACCCUAUGGCAGCGCCUCCUCUAAGCUCCAUGUGUGGGUUGAUAUAUCAGUAACGCAAGAUCAGCUGCGACGACUCUUUGAUCUCGUUCCUGGCAUGGACUACUGUGAUCUUAGGCAGGAGACCACUGAAAGGGGAAGGAAAGGAUUUGCACAUGUACGUUAUGGUACAUCCUCAUCAGCUAUGUAUGCUAAACAGAAGUUGGAUGGAUUUGAAUAUCCACCUGGUUGCCCAAUGACAGUGAGGCUGGAGGAUGAACCAGCCAGAGGAUUUCAAAGUGGUUAUGACUACAGGGGAAUGAGUUCACCAGAAGGAAUAGUGCGACAAGGAUUCGGUGGAGAAGGCUCCCCCACCUGCUCCGUACCUCUUCCUUCAACUCAGCCACUUCUAGCUCAUGAUUGUGAGGUGACGCAGCGCCUGUUUAUAGUUUGCAACCCACGAGGUGUUCCUGAUUACAUAUUGAAAGAUGUAUUCUGCCGCUUUGGUAACUUGAUCGACUGCUACAUGUUGCCAGGGCGUAACUACGGAUAUGCAAAAUAUGCAAACCGUGACUCAGCCUUAGAAGCUGUUAAAAUACUUCAUGGCCAGGAAUUGGCAGGACAGAGGUUAAAGGUUAUGGAGGCAGACCCAAAUGAAGAACAACGAAAACGCCCUCGUGUUAACUAAAGAGUCUUGACUGACAAAGACCGACUUGACAAGGAGCGCCGUAUACUCACGACUUAACUUCAAAAUGACCGAUUGAAGGGGAUUAAAAUGACUAAUAUCGUCAUGACAGACACAGUUUCAACGACAAUUUUUUCACACGAUGAAGAUGAAUAAUUGAUGAGAAGAUGUUUAUUCACCGGGGGUGACUGACCACAUGUCAAUACUUGUUAAAGACAAGUGAUUUGGACAACUAGAACCCUGAGAGUCAGGGUUUGAAAGUGGACAGGUCGUGGACAACCUAGACAGUGAAGACAAAUAGAUUUUCGACUACACACUAAACUGGGUGUGUUAUAAUGACGUUCUUUGCUGACGUACACAGUAGGGAUGCUAUAAACUCACUCCAGGCCUUAACACUAUCAGGUUGUCUGUCAGACAAAAAAGGGUUUGAUCAGACCUUUGCUGAUAGUAUAGCCUUUUGUCCAGACUAUCAAUUUUUAUUUAACAUGCCUAAAUAUGGUCAUGAUGACAUCACAUCACAACCAUAUAUAGGCACAUCAUGACUAUAUAUGGGCAUACAACAAUUUUUGUCAAUCAAAUUUCAUAGUCUGGACAGAGCUUUGUGAUUACACAAACCAUGUCUGUUGCCCUACUUGAUUAGACAUUAACAUUAGCUUGAUAACAUUGUGCUACCUUGAUGGUUUAUGCUGCACAUACCCUAUAAGAUUGUUGUCUCUCAGACCCACAAACGAUGUUUGAUCAGAAUUGUCUGAAACUCUAUCUACACUAUCGACGUUUACAGUGGUGGAUUCAAGGGGCCCGUCCUUCCCCUUUAAAUUUUUUUUUAAUGGAGAAAGAUUAUAUUCAAAUUUAAGACCGAGAGUGCCAUUUCUGGCCAUCUACAGUAGGUACCGUAAUCAUACAUUUUCUUACCUCAGCCCCAACCAUGGUGGGAUGAGGUGGUCUAGGCCCUCUAUCUGAAAGUUCCUCCCUGGGCCAUUUUAUGUCAAAUUCCUGGAUCUGACACUGGUUUAUGUGAAUAGCACCUUAUUUGCCCAUAUUAUUAUAUGGGUGUGAUAUGACUUCAUCAUGUCUAUAUAUGGAUGCAAAAUGACAUCACCAUGCCCAUAUUAAAUGGGCAGUUCACACAAAUAUGUUACAUAAAACUUGAUAGGGUGGAUAAUAUUCAAAGAAGUGUUGUAUCUCCAUGUCUAUUGGAAAGUGUUGAUCAAACUGGCAAACAAAAUUCUAAGUCGUGCCUAGCUUUAAAAAUUUGCACCAUUUUUUAAGCAGAUCUCUUAUGAACCUUCAAGCGGUGGCCACACUAUCAACGCUGUCUCAUUUGCUAAUUUAUGGGCAAGAUGAUUUAUUGUGUUGACAAUUUUAAUGUAAUUUUGUGUUUGCUUCACUUCUUCUAUGCCUUUUGAAAGUAACAUUUUUCCUGAAAGCUCUGUGUUGGGCAGAUGGACAUGACGUAGCACACAUUCGCCGCAUUUACUGUCGUGUUAAAAUACAAGGUCAUAUCUCAUCUCAUUUUUAACCAUUUCCAGAACACAAUGAUUAUGUUCUGAAUUGCUAUUAUUAAUUCAGUUCCAUUUUAUUGUUCAUAAUCAUUUUUUAAUUGCAUCACUACUAUUACUAAAUGUUUUUAUAUUCUAAAAACAACAAGAUGACACUUCUAAUGUACACAAUGUAAUUAACAUGUGAUUACCAAAAAUUCUAAUUAUAUCCUUGUUGCACUAACCAUUUCAUUCAAAUAAUAGAAAGGUAUGUAUUUCUGAAGAUAAAGCUUGUCGGAGUAACAUUGACGGGUGCAGUUGCAACAGAGUUAAAUAGCGACGCACAUACAACAAAAUGGACGAGUCAUAUGCGACCUUGUUGCAUUCUUUAAAUAGCCAAUCAUGAUAAGUAUAAAUUAUAUUUAAUAUUCAAAAAGUAAAAUCAAAUAAAAAAUAUACGCUAUUAAAUUUUGCAUACAAUAACAGCAAAAUCUGUUACGACCUUACCUUAAACAUGUCGCUUGCAUUUGUAGACAGUUGCCAUGUAUUAUUCAACAGGUUUAAAGGGUAUAGUUCGUGAUGCAGACUUUUUGUCAUCCAAAUUUAUCAUGUUCUUAAAGUAUAUUUGUAACCACAGUAUCGACAUGACCGACUUUAAAUGUAGAAAUAUGUAUUAAGUGUUUAAAUAAAUGUUUAACAAUCGCAAGCCUUACUAUAUUUCUCUCUUGUUCUUUUAGCAGGGUAACCCUAUACUGAAGUGCACAGGGUUUAUUUUUAGUGGCUUUUUAACAAAUAUUUUGCUAUUUUUCUCUCAUUUUAUUGGCAUUGUGUGAAUAUAUCAUGGUAUUACUGAUGAUUAAAUGUGAUUAAAAAUA